CAGAUAACGAGCCAGUGCGUGUCGGCGCUCGAGAGGAAUACCAUGUGUCCCAUCACCUAGAGCCAUGGAAACAGAAACGAUAAUAGUCGUGAGCGUGUUCGGCGGCGCAUUGCUGCUGCUGCUGCUGAUCAGCAUCAUACUAUGCGCACAAGUCGCCAGUCUGCGCCGCAAGGUCGGCGAGCUCGGCGCGAGCGGACGACUGAGAGUUCAAAAGCUCAAGAUGAACUCUGACAAGAACCACGCCUUCCACAACCCUGCUCUGACGCCCGACGAGGAGUUGUCGCGGCGCGGCUACUCCAUGUACCAGGUGGCUGAGGAUGAUGUCGAGAGUGGCCGGGGGACGGACCGUCAGACGGGUGGGCAGUUCGUAGAAGAGCUGGCAAAGGAGCUGGAACAUCGACAACAAAAGCAGAACACCACACCGAGCUUUCUUCUGCAAGGGAUAAAAGAGAGCAAAAACAAAAGAACUAAUCCUAACGGAAAUAAUGCCAACAGGCAGAGCGAAACCAAUCCGAACUUUAUUUACUAACAAACAACGAAACAUGCAACAUUCAGCUGUAGAAUCGUAAUAUAACCAGUCAUUUAAGGCAGUUCUUGGAGAUACCUAUGUUUCUGCAAAAUAUUUAGAGCAAAUAUGGUUUGACUUCGGAAAUAAUUAUAUCUAUCAAAUAACUAAAAACUGCUUUGCCAGUUUUUAGUUAUUUGAUAUUUACUCCGAUUUCUCCUUUCGCGUAAAUUUCUCAACUUUGUGGUUUUCAUUGAAGAUCACAGACUUUUGACAAUUAUGAAGUUUCUUAAGAUCACUUAAUCGGAAUAUAUUAAAAUUAUGAAGUGGUAAUGCUCUGAUGUUAUACUAAUUUAUAAACAUUAUUGUGCUAGACUUAAGCACAGAGGACGCAAUUAUGUGUUUAUUUCUAAUACAAUGAAAUAUUUCAUGACAGAUGAUGCAGUAAAAAUUUGCUAUAAAUUAAA